AUGUUAUUUUCAUCUAUCUUUAUCACAAAAUGUCAUUAUGAGAAUUUAGUCUGUAAAAUUUGUGUAUACAAUCUAUCUAUCUAUCUAUCUAAAAAUACCAAUUUUUUUUUUACAAUGUAUCAUUUUAUACAUAUUUUCGUCGUUCAUAUAAAAACAUUCAUCUAUCUAUCUUAUUUUUUUCAUAUCUAUCUUUUAUUACUUGGGUUUUUCAAAAUAGUUUCUAUCUAUCUAUCUAUCUAUCUGUCUAUCUAUCUAUCUAGAUAUAUUGAAAAAAAUCUAUCUAUUUAUUUCCCAAAAAUCUUAUCUGGUAAUAUCUAUCUAUCUAUCUAUCUAUCUAUCUAUCUAUCUUACAAAUCUUUAUCAGUUCACAUCUAUCUAUCUAUCUAUCUAUCUAUUAUCUAUCUAUCUAUCUAUCUUUGCCGCCUUUUCAUAUCUAUUUAUUGUUAUCUAUUAAUAUGUUUUUCUUCAAAAUCUAUUUCUAUUAGUAUCUAUCUAUCUAUCUAUCUAUCUAUCUAUCUACUGUAUCCCAUUAUUUAUUUUGCCGCUGUCAAUAUCUAUCUAUCUAUCUAUCUAUCUAUCUAUCAUCUAUCUACCUAUACAUUCAUUUAUUUUCUUUUCAAAUCUAUUUCAGUUCAUAUCUAUCUAUAUAUUUUUCAUAAAUAUCUAGGAUAUCUAUCUAUCUAUCUAUCUAUUCCAUCCAUCUAA